AUGAAGUUCGAAAGUCGGACACGAGCCUAUAAAGUAGUCGCCUACUCUGCUGUCACGUUCUCACUCUUUGCAGUGCUUUCGGUGUCUUUAACUGUACCGAUGAUUUACACCUAUGUGAUGCAUAUUCGAGAACAAUUUCACUCUGAUAUAGGAUACUGCGAGAAUCACACUAAGGACAUGUGGAACGAAGUCAAGCAAAUAAAAAGUACUCCGAUCAAUCGCACUCGUAACGCCCGUCAAAGUGGUUACACUCCUGUACAAGGUGCCGGCGCAAAACAAUGUACACCAUGUUGUAAUCCUGGAUACCCUGGUCCACCUGGACCUCCUGGGAAGUUCGGCCGAAACGGCAUGCCUGGAGCACCAGGAAUGCCUGCAAUACCUGCUCGGCUGUCAGCGGAACUUUGCGAGCCUAUCACACCCACACCGUGUAAGCAGUGUCCCAGUGGUGAGCCUGGACCACCAGGAGAAGCAGGACCACCUGGAGAUGCCGGAUCUCCUGGUCAGUCUGGACGAAAUGGCAACCACGGCGUUCCUGGGGAACCAGGACCGAAAGGACCACCUGGGCCCCCAGGACAGCCAGGAGAGCCGGGACCACCAGGAGAGCAAGGAACGCCAGCACCUCCUGGCUUUACUGUCCCAGGAGAGCCUGGUCCACCAGGAGACAAAGGUCUACCUGGUCAACCUGGACCAGCCGGGUUACCAGGAGCUGACGGAACACCAGGACAGACGGGACCUAAAGGACCUAGUGGCCCUGAAGGUUUGAUUGGUGCCCCCGGCAAACCUGGUGCACCUGGACCUCCUGGUGUUUCCGGACUUGGUGGUGAAAAAGGAGUCUGUCCAAAAUAUUGUGCUAUUGAUGGUGGAAUAUUCUUCGAGGAUGGAACAAGACGUUAA